GGAUUUUCGAACGCACACUUGAUGCUCUGGAUAGUGUGCAUAAUCUUUAUGAUUGUACAAUUUUAUGUAUAGCAAAGGCUAAUAAAAUAAUUUAAAGCAAUAAAGUCAUAAGAAAAAGUCUAAUAGUAAAUGUGUUAUAUCAUUUUCUUAAAAAGUCCAAUAGUAAAUGUGUUAGAGCACUUUAAAAAAAGAAAAAAUGACACAAUUAAUUGCUCUUGCAUUUUACUUCUGUUUAUAUAAUUAAAAUGAUCACUGUAAUUGGAAGACUUGGAAUGAAUUAAUUUCCAACACACGCAAAGAGAAAUUGCUAAUUAAUCUUUAAUAUAGUAUAUAAUUUUAUAUCGCUAUUUAUAUAAGAAAAUUGUACAAUAUUAAUUUGCAUUAUGACAUUUGUCGAAUAUAUACAAACUUUAGCCGAUAAUCCUUACUUUGGUGCUGGUUUUGGUCUUUUUGGGAUUGGGGCUGGAGCUGCUUUAUUGAGAAAAGGAGCACAGUUUGGAGCUGUACUAUUUAGACGGCAUUAUAUGAUCACUCUGGAAGUGCCAUGUCGCGAUAAAAGUUAUCAGUGGCUUCUACAAUGGAUUACGCAUAAAGGUGCACAAAAGACACAACAUCUUUCUGUAGAGACUAGCUUUGAACAGAAAGAAACUGGUCACGUGAAAACCAAAUAUGACUUUAUUCCAAGUAUAGGUACUCAUUUCUUCAGAUAUAAGGGGAACUGGAUAAAGGUUGAAAGAACAAGGGAGCAACAGACUUUAGAUCUACACAUGGGUAUACCAUGGGAAACUGUACAAUUGACAGCAUUCGGCAGAGACAAAAGCAUAUAUUUUAGUAUUCUUGAAGAAGCCAGACAGAUGGCUUUGAAAGAGCAUGAGGGAAAGACUAUAAUGUACACUGCCAUGGGAAGCGAGUGGCGACAGUUUGGACAUGCCAGGAAGAAGAGACCAUUAGAAUCUGUCGUUUUGGAUACCGGCAUUUCCGAAAAAAUAGUAAGCGAUUGUCAGGAAUUCAUCGAUAAUCCGUCAUGGUACAGUGAAAGAGGGAUUCCGUAUCGCCGAGGCUAUUUGUUACAUGGACCUCCGGGAUGCGGAAAGUCUUCAUACAUUACCGCGUUGGCUGGGGAAUUGGAGCGCGGUAUUUGCGUUUUAAACUUAUCCGAGAGAGGCCUAACAGAUGACAGAUUGAAUCAUUUAUUAGCGGUGGCUCCACAGCAGACUAUUAUCCUGCUCGAGGAUAUCGACGCCGCUUUUAGUAGUAGAGAAGAAUCUAAAGAAGUUAAAGCAGCAUAUGAUGGUCUCAAUAGAGUAACAUUUAGCGGUUUAUUGAACUGCUUAGAUGGUGUAGCCUCUACAGAGGCUAGGAUAUUAUUUAUGACAACCAAUUAUUUAGACAGAUUAGAUCCUGCGCUUGUUAGACCAGGCAGAGUCGAUGUCAAAGAAUACAUUGGUUGGUGUAGCACAAAUCAAAUCGAACAAAUGUUUUUACGAUUCUACAAGGAACCAGGUAAAGAUCCUAGUGUACUUGCAAAGAAAUUUGCAGAGAACAUUAUAUCCUUUAAAAGAAACGUUAGUCCGGCGCAGAUUCAAGGAUACUUUAUGUUCCACAAAAAUAAUCCCGAGGCGGUCAUAAAUAAUGUUACACAAAUUUGGGAACUUACAUGAUGAAAGAUGAAACUGUAGCUAUAUUUCGGAGUAAAGAUAUAAAACGAAUGAGAUCUCAAUGAGAACGUUGUUGUAAAUAUUUCUAUUAAUUUUGUAAUACAUCACUAUGUAUUAAAAAAUUAAAGGAAUGUUGUGUGUGUGUGUAUCACAUAUUGUGAAAACGCGAUACAUUUAUUUAUAAAAUGUGAGUGUACAUAAUACUCUUUUGAGUAUUAUUAUGCGAAAUGAAAAAAUGGACAUUUGAAAUAUCAGACAAAAUCUUUCUACAAUAUCUCGUACUUCUCGUGUGUAAUUCUCUCUAGUGCACUACUUUGCAUUUGUACCACCAGUAAUUGUAUAUGGACGAACUAUAUGAAUACUGCUUUGUAAAAAAGAAGAAAAAAACGUAAGUAUUGUAACAAAACUUUCUUGCAAUACAGAUACUGAUUCUUAAUCAGACGCUACUUGUUAGAAAAGCUGGCAAGCUUAUGUGUGUAGAAAAGAGUAACAGUCUUAUAAUAACAUAUAUUUAUAUAAUGGCAAUACUAUGUUUAUCAUUAAAAAAAUGAUAUACAUAUAGUAUACAAAUAUGAGUAUGAUAGAAAAGGCAGUUUACAGAUUAAAUGUAAGUAUUUUGGCAGCCUGUUUAAAGUUGAUUUACUACGCAUUUUUCUCACUGGAACAUGCCAAUUUGUACUAUAAUUUCAAAGCAGAUUCAUAUAUGUUAUAAUUAAAAAUAUAUAUCAUAGAAUAUACAUUUUAUCUGAAAUCAUCUAUGAAUACUCUCACAAAAAAAAAGAUAGCACAUAUAUCGAAAAUAGAUCUAUUGCUGAGGAUUUGCUAAAAAGUUUUUUCUUGGGCUUUCUAUUCUUUAUGUAAUUAUUGAUAAGUAGUUUAUCUGUUAAAUCAGCAGAUAUCUAUACUUUCUACUGAUUUCAUUUGAUAUUCAGAUUUUGUUCUCUCUCUCUUUUUCAACCAUUAAAAAUAACAUAAAAUGUUCUUGAUUUAAUGAAGUCUAAUCGUAUCGUAUAAAUAUCGAUUUUUAACAUAUUUAAUACGAUUUCUGAUUACGACUCUAUAUUAUUUAAAGAGACGAUAUAUCAUAGCAAAAUAAACGUCGUGAUGUACAUUUUUGCUACUCUACACGAUUCUAUAUGUAUUCUAUAUGUACAUGCUAUCGCGUCUUUAUGCUGAUUCACUUAAAUUGAUCUAAAUGCACUGCAUAGUAUCAUAAAAAUUCUUAAGUUAAUAUAACUUUUUCUCACAGAUAUAACAAUAAACUCACCAAACUUUCUUCUUGCACAUGUACAGAGAUUGUAUUUUCUAAUAUUGCAAUUUAUGCACAAGUUAAACUG